GUGAGAGCAACUCUAUUUAAAAGCACUGCUUAACUCAAUGAUUAUUCCAUCGCUACAACCAAAAAAAAAAAGAAGGUAAAAGAUGGCUCUUGAAGUCUGCGUGAAAGCCGCCGUUGGUGCCCCUGAUGUUCUCGGCGACUGCCCUUUCAGCCAAAGGGUUCUUCUCACCCUGGAGGAGAAGAAGCUGCCCUACAAAAUGCAUCUGAUUAACAUCUCCGACAAACCUCAAUGGUUCUUAGCCAUUAGUCCUGAAGGGAAAGUACCAGUCCUCAAAAAGGACGACAAGUGGGUAUCUGAUUCCGACGUCAUCACCAGCAUUCUCGAGGAGAAGUACCCCGAGCCAUCUCUCAAAACCCCUCCUGAGUUUGCCUCCGUUGGAUCCAAAAUCUUCAGCACUUUCGUGACUUUCUUGAAGAGCAAAGACUCCAGCGACGGAUCAGAGAAGGCCCUGCUUGAUGAGCUUGAAGCUCUUGAGACUCAUCUCAAGACUCAUGACGGUCCUUUCAUCGCCGGUGGGAAAGUCAGUGCGGUGGAUCUAAGCUUAGCACCAAAGCUUUACCAUCUCAAGGUCGCUCUUGGUCACUACAAAAGCUGGUCUGUCCCUGAGAGCUUGCCACAUGUUCAUGGAUACAUGAAAGCUUUGUUCUCUCUUGACUCGUUUGAGAAAACGAAGACUGAGGAGAAGUAUGUGAUUGCAGGAUGGGAACAUAAGGUUAACCCCUAA